CUUCCGGUUACAGUGCCUUGUUUAAGAAUCAUUCUGACCAUUCCCGGCAAGGUGUAAAGUCUUGAGCUGUUUCUCCUGGCCGGCCGUUACAGCUUCCUUGCGAGGCGUGUGUGAGCGGCCUGGCUCGGCCUUCCUCCUCGGCAUGCUCGAGCAGAGACGGUCUUUCCCCCCAGAGUAUGACCGGCGCUUUCAACAAUGGAUGCUCCAUAUGAUGGCGGUGAAGUAACUGUAGUCAUGGAAGAGAUAGAAAGCACAUACACUUAUUCAUCCCCAGUGCCAUCUAAAAAGAAGAAGAAAUAUAGAAGUCCUGGAGAUCAAGGGGAAAAAACUAAAAAGCCCAGAUCUGCAUAUCUUCUGUAUUAUUAUGAUAUAUAUCUGAAAGUUCAGCAGGAGCUCCCACACCUUCCUCAGUCUGCAAUUAACAAGAAGAUCAGUGAGAGUUGGAGGCUGCUUAGUGUAGCAGAGAAAAGUUAUUAUUUGGAGAAAGCUAAGUUAGAAAAAGAAGGUCUUGACCCGAACUCAAAGUUGUCUUCCUUGACUGCUGUAGUUCCAGAUAUUCCAGGUUUUCGUAAAAUCCUCCCUCGUUCUGAUUACAUAAUUAUUCCUAAAGGAAGUCUGCAGGAUGAGAAAAAUAAGCCACACGUGGAACUUCAUGUGACCCAGGGCCAAACAGCACUGGAAGGACAAACAGCUGCUGCUAAUGUCACAAGUGUUUCCCAUAGUACUGUGCAGAACAUACUUUCAGUGGACUCCAGCCAAAUUGGCAUUUCUGAGCAGUGCAUUGCCAUUGAAGGGGUAUCUGAAGAUUCCACCUCAUUUGUUCAAGCAGAUACAAUAGAAGAAGUUGUCGCAUCAGAGAUCUUGUCUCGUUAUGUCAGACCUGCUGCACAUAAAGUGGCUGGCGAUAUCUUCCUGGAUGAAGAGGCCCCUUUAGAAACAGGCGAUGGAUAUCCCUGCCAAGCAACCAGUGUGGUUAUUGAAGAAACUUUGGUUAACACCUCAGAGGCAGCAAAUGGGAGCAUGACUGUGGCACAGCCACAGGCUUCACAUGGCCUUUCUGUGGUAACAGUGGUGACUAGGAGAGAUAGACAAGAAAAUAAUUCUGCAAGCCCCACUGCACAGUUCAUUAUGAUGCCUCUUACAGCCCAUUCUGUUUUGGAAAAUCCAGCAUCAAUCAAACUGACAACUACUUACACUCGGAGGGGGCACGGAAAUUGCACCAAUCCUGGCUGUGCCUUUACUUACGUUACCAGACAUAAGCCACCAAAAUGCCCCAUGUGUGGAAACUUUCUGGGAGGGAAGUGGAUCCCUAAGGAGAAACCUCUAAAAGGCAAAUCUGAACCAGGUUCAGGGCUACCGAUAAAAACCUUGGGCCUGAAAAAGAAUCAACUACCAUUAACCUUUGGACAAGCAUUGGUUCAAGAUAAUUCUGCUAAAUGUGUGCUAGAAAGUUCAGAAGCAGUUACCCAGCUUCUCAAAGCAUCCCCCGUUGAGGGGCAAAUGCAGGAGACUGAAUGGGAAGAAGUGAUAAUCUCUGAGGCUCAUAUUCUUGCAAACAAUGUACAGUCAGAAGAGCAAAGAGGUGCCACUACCAUUAUUCAGCUUCAGAAGAGCCUUGCACAGGUAGAGCCAUCGUUAGAACAGAAGGAGAGAGAAAAUGAGCCAUCUGCUGAGACAACAAAUGUUCCCAGUCCUAUUUCACACCCAACUUCUACUGUGAAAAAUACAACAGGCGGUGAUGCGGUUGGUGCUGUACCUAAGGGUAUGGAGCAGAAGAGCAAAGCAAAACCCAAGCCUUCCUUGCUGGCUGCUGCGAGACCCAUGAGAGCCAUUUUGCCCGCUCCUGUUAGAUUGGCAAAAGAAACUAACCAAGAACAGAUCUCUUGCGGACAAUCAUUUAGAAACAGUGAAGAAAGUUCCCCAAUAAGAAUCUCAGGAUUAAAGCCAAAUACUCUGAAGCAGCUGGGUCAGAAUCCUAUUCAAGCAUCCAGUGCUGAAGAUCAGAAGCUUCACUGCAGCACAAACAACUCAACAUCUCAGGUCAAAGUGGUGGAGGUCAAGCCAGAUGUUUUCCCUUCUUAUAAAUAUAGCUGCACUGUAACCUUGGAUUUGGGAUUGGCAACCUUACGUGGCAGAGGGAAAUGCAAGAACCCUUCUUGCACUUAUGUGUAUACUAAUCGGCACAAGCCAAGAGUCUGUCCCCGUUGUGGCUACAACCUUGCCAAAGACAGAACUGAGAAAGCAGCAAAAUCUGUGGAAGUAACUUCUAGCCCUGCACAUGUACUAAAUACCAAUGAACCUCUAAUUCAGUCUCAUAAAGAGAUCCAGCGCCAGUCCACUCUGCAACUUCUACGCAAAGUAAUUCAGAUCCCUGAAAAUGAAUCUGAACUCUCAGAUGUUUUUGCACUGAUUCAUGAGCUCAAUAGCUCACGGCUCAUCCUGUCUAACAUGAACGAAGAAACGGUUACCAUUGAGCAGACUUCCUGGUCAAACUAUUAUGAGUUUCCUUCUUCCCAAUGCCUUCUCUGUAACAGCCCUUUAUUCAAAGGAGGGCCAAACUCCCUUGCAGGCCCUCAGGAAUGCUGGUUGUUAACAGCUAAUCGGCUGCAAGUCGUCACUGCCCAGCUCAAGGUGUGUGUGAAUGUGCAGUGCUUGGCCCUUCACAGCUUCAGUGAUAUCUACACUGGUUUGUUUAAUAUUGGUAAUAAGCUUUUAGUGAGCCUAGACCUUCUGUUUACAAUAAGAAACCAUAUAAAACUUGGUGAGGAUCCUAAAGUGACAAUUAGCAAGAUUUUGGAAACUGUGCAGGAAUACACAGAGAGAAACCUGAGUACUGAAGAGGGGAAUCAACUUGAGGAACUGCUGUGCAAUGGAUACUGGGCCUUUGAGUGCCUCACUGUCCGAGACUACAAUGAUAUGAUCUGUGGUGUCUGUGGCAUUGCACCAAAAGUUGAAAUAGCUCAGAGGAACGUGGAAAGUGUUUUGUCACUGAAAAACAUUGAGUUUACCUGGCCAGAAUUCUUGGCAUCUAGUGAAGUAAAUGUGGAAGAUUUUUGGUCAACCAUGGAGACAGAAGUCAUAGAACAAGUGGCCUUUCCCUCCAGUAUACCCAUCACAAAGUUUGAUGCCUCCAUCAUAGCUCCCUUCUUUCCACCACUAAUGAGGAGCACCAUAGUAGUCAACACAGAAAGGGAGAAGAAUCUUGAAUCGCAUGUAAUCCCAGGUAAUGCAAGUGUUCUAGUGAGACUGAUUCAGGAUGAAAUUUGUAAAGUGGAACAGAUUGGUUCCUACGGUGAGGAAGAACUGCAGAAUUUCUUGACACAGUGCAGCAUUCCUUGGGAGGAGGGCGACUCCAAGGAACAGCUAUGUCUUUCUCUACUGGCUCUUUAUGAUUUUGUACAGAAUGGGACACAAAUAAGUCAGCCUCCAGAAUUCCUAACAGGAGGGAAAAUCUACAAAGUGUGUCCACAUCAGGUUGUAUGUGGUUCAAAAUAUAUUGUCAGAGGGGAAAGUCCCCGGGACCAUGUGGAUCUACUAACUUCCUCACGUCACUGGCCACCAGUCUAUGUAGUAGAUAUGGCCACUUCCGUAGCAUUGUGUGCAGAUAUCUGUUAUCCUGACUUGACUGCUCAGAUGUGGGGAAGAAACCAGGGCUGCUUCUCUGACCCUAUGGAGCCUUUAAAGUAUGUGUCCUGCCCAGAACUCCUUGACAGGCACUACAAUGUGGAUACAACCACUGAUGAACAUUCUGUAGAGCAUCCAAUCACUAAAUCAACAUCUCGCUUUGUAGUUCACACUGGGACAGAGCAGAAGACUCAAAGUGAUCCACUGGCUCGACACCGUUCCCUCUCUCUGUGCCGGGAAUUGGAGCCCUACGGUGCUAUCAUUACAGCCAUCAAUGACAGCAAAACCAGUAAUGUCCGCCAAAACCCUAUAGCAUUUGACAGUGCAACCCACUAUUAUCUCUACAAUCGUUUGAUAGAUUUCCUCUCCAGUCGUGAGGUUGUGAACAGGCAGAUCCACGAAAUUGUUCAAAGCUGCCAACCUGGUGAGGUUGUAAUCCGGGACAAUCUAUAUCGUCUCGGUGUUGCCCAGAUCAAGACAGAAAUGGAUGAAGAUGAAAUACAAGAAGAAGAAGAAGAAGGUGUUGUCUAAUGUAUUGUGAGAUUAUCAUCCCUGAAUCAUACAUAAUAGCUAAGCAGUUUGUUACAGAAAGUUCCAAUCCAGCACAGAGCUAAGAGUCAUGGCCUAUUGAUUGGGCUUCUGGUCUGUAGACAGAUUGGUAUUGAAGAACAAAUUUCUCUUUUCAAGAGGCUGGGUAAAGCUAGAAGCAACCCAGGAUAAUCGUUCAAAGACAGAAGAAUUUUCUAUUGCUGACAAGAGAAAGAAAACAAAUAUACAGAACAUUACUUUUUUAAAAGUGCGCAUGUUGCUGGAAAUGCAUAAAAGUGGGGGGAAACCCAGCAUAAAACAUGCAUGACUGCUCCAAUAUUCUGAACUAUCUUCUUCAUAGAUUGAAGAAUAUUUGGAACCUAGAUCUUUAUGUUUCUAUUCUGAAAAGACUUGAAGUUUGACUUGGGCAUUGGUGGCGUGAGAGUUUAUCUGCUUCUUCAGCUUGUUCUGUGUCAAUAUGACAAAACCACGCAUUAUUUAAUGGUUGAAAGCUAAACUGGCUUGCAUAUUAAGUUAUAAGCUGCUAGAAGCAUCAUUGCCCUGGCUAGCAUGGUUAUUUCAAAGGUUCUUCAGGGGUUUAUAUGUUUUGGAUAAAGGAUAUGGUCUAAUGGCCAGACGGGGAUAUUCAGGCACUUUACUUUAUAAUCCAGUUAAUGGACUUAAUUGUUUAUUCCUCUGACCACAGAUGCUACUAAAGAUAUUUGUGGAAUAAUGGUUGGUUUCCAUGAAUACAAUCUGAUGUUUUUUCUAAUUAUUUUUAUGGCUAAAAUUGUUAGACAUGCAACAUAACACUUACCUUUAAGGGCCACUUGGAAACCACUACAUACUCCACUAUUCCAGUGUUAUAAAUCUGACUUGUAUGAGUUCAUACUGUCAUGGUCAAUUAUAUUGUUUUUCCUGUGUAAUGUGCUGAGCCAUGAUGUGUAAGCUCUACACAGUUCACUGAUUUGUGUUUAUUCUUAGCCAUCUAUAAAUUUACAAAGGAAAACAAAAUAGAUUUCUGCUACCAUUGAAAUGUGGGGAAACAUUUCCUGACUGAGGUGAAGUUUUCCACUAUGUUUCUUCAGAUUUGUGGUGUGGAUUUAAAAAUCUCUUCUAUGAAGAGUUCUAGUGUGUACUGUGCUGUAAAAACAACAACAACAAAAAGAAACUUAUUGAAGUUCUGAGCAAAACAUACGACUUGCUGUUUAUAAUGCUAAUUUAUGAAAUACAGUUUUUAAGACAGUGGUAAACUUUAAUAAAUUAUCUCUUCCUGUGUUGGAGAGUAAAACUAUUUGGACAAAUGAGUUUUCCUUAUUUUGUAGUUUCAGAAGUUUGAAAGGUGCGGGGAAAGAUGCCUCAUUCUGUUGCUAAAGAAUAGAGUUACCAAUCCAUAUGGUGGAGUGUUUAUCAAUUGUUUGCAUGGAAAAUAUUAAUUUUAGAUGUGUUGAAACAGUAUUAAUAUUUUAUUGUCUUUGAAAACAACCCUACAGAAUCCAUUGGUGCUGAAUUUAAAUUGCUUUCGUUAUAGCACUUAAAGUUUGGGUAAUUCGAGCCAGCAUAAAUGCAUGUUUUGUUUUCUUAACUUUAUAAUCUGAGCUCAUUUAGACGUUAUGAAGGAUAAAAACUGAAUAUGAAUGAUUUGUAUCUAUUUUUAAUAUUCAAUUAGAUUUUGCAAAUCUCAUUUAUUAUGACAGGUUAAUACACUCCACAAAUGAUUUGCAGAUCUAGUUUAGCAGGUCAUGCAUACUGCUUAUGCUUCUAUUUUUUUCUCUCAUUCAAAAAAUUAAAUGUGCUUUUAUUCUACAGUUUUGUUUUA